AUGAUAAAAGGCAAAUGGAUAACAAUAUCUAUCAAAUUACGACACAUCAACUUCCAAUCAAAUACCGGACUGUUUGAUGAUAAAGAUGAAGCAUCGCCUCAUAUUCAGUGGGUUCCAAUUGUACAACGAAAUUUUACGGAAAUGAUUUACGAAUACGAUGAUUUUGAGGUGUUAUAUCAAAACACGAAAAUGGAUGUGAAAAGGGCUAAUGAAAGAAUAUACACAUUUAAGCAACAAAUGCAGAAAAGAAUCACCGAAAGUGAUGAUGGUUUUAUGUAUUCUUCCACUGCCACUAAAUUAUCAUUGUUUAACGAUCAGAAAUAUUCCCUCUUUGCCAUCUGGCCAUUUAUUACCCCUUCUUUGCACUAUUUAAUGGCGCAUAAAAUAUUUGACGGAUGUGAUCACGAUUAA